UCUUGUUCCCUUCUCCUCAACUGCACCCGCCGGGGGGCCUCCGCCGUCCGAUCUAGGGUUACUGACUUCCCGAUCACCGUUAGCUGAAUCAGAAAGAAAGGAGAUGAUGGGAUUGGGAUGGGUGGGAGCGAUAUUAGUAGGAGCAGGCUGGCUUGCUUUGGGCUACUGCUUUGGCGCGCGUUACCCUCCUGCUCGCAUUUUAGUGUCCGCUAGAGCCGCCAGACUUGCCAAGCACAAAGCAGCAGCUGCCAGUGACGGUGACGGUAACGGCAAGAAGAAUAAGAACAAGAACAAGAAGAAUGAUAAGAUCAGUGACCCCCUUGACGUUGAGAAGCUCGCUGACAUUCUCGAAGAUUUCAAAAUGGUGUUGGUGGUCAGGAAUGAUCUGAAGAUGGGCAAAGGGAAGAUUGCUGCUCAAUGCAGUCAUGCGACUUUGGGCCUCUACAAAAAGCUCCUCCGUCGGGCACCUAAAUCUUUAAACAGGUGGGAGAUGUGUGGACAACCCAAAGUUGUUCUAAAAGUAGAAACUGAAGAAGAGAUGCUUGUUUUGCAAGACAGAGCAAAAUCACUUAAUUUACCAAAUCAUAUUACAAUUGAUGCUGGGAAGACUCAGAUUGCACCAAAUUCAAGGACAGUGAUGGCUAUUCUUGGACCAAUUGAAGUGGUUGAUGAUGUAACAGGUGGACUGAAACUCAUGUAGUUGAUUGGUUUUAGUGGAGUUGGUUAUCUUCAGUGUUUAAAGUACAUGAAAGAGAAUGGUGCUGUGGGAGCUGCAACCUUAGCCAUUGGAGAGAGAAUGUGUCCAGAUCAAUAUUUGAAGAGGGCCUGAACUCCAUAUUGAAGUUCUUCUAUAACAAACUUAGGAUGAUGACGAAAAAUCUCUGAGAUGGACUCCAUGAUUAUGAAAACUGUAGUACUAUAAGGAUAUUUCUCAGGAUUUUGCACCUGUAAUCUUCUCUUCCAUAUGCCCCACAUUUAUGUGGUGAAGAAUUGAACAGCAUUUUUGACAUUAGCAGCAUUUCUCAUGGAUAUGAUGCGUAUCUGAGAUGUUGUAUUCUC